AUGUCAAGAGAUAAGCGCCCUAGCAAAGUUAACAGUGUUGGCCGUUUUCUGCUUGAAAUUCCUUGGUCUAGUUUACUGGAAGCUCACCCUUCAUGCGAAAGUAAACUUACAAUUUUGACUGACAUUAUCAACUUUGGUUUAGAUACCAUCAUGCCAGUGCGAUCUAUUAAAAUUCAUGAGUCUGAUCGGCCUUGGAUUUCUACACAGUUCAAACAGCUCGUCAAACGCCGUCAACAGGCSUUUGCUUCUGGGAACACUCCCUUGUUUAAAAUCCUGCGUAACAAAGUCAACCGUGAGCGCAAACGCUGCCGUAAGCUGUAUUACGAAAAUAAAGUUAAAGACCUGCAAAACUCUAAACCACGUGACUGGUGGAGAGAAGUAAAACAACUCUGUGGAAACUCCAAAUCAUCUGUCCGUGAUCUUUUGUCCAUCCUCCACUCUGACCUUGUUAGCGACGAGGCGACUCUUGCAAACAAUAUCAAUCAAGCCUUCACCAGCGUGAUGUCCGAUUACUCUCCAUUAACCGAACACGUACAUGUUAACAUGGCGGAUGACAUGCCAAUUGAUGUUUGUGAACUUUCUGUGUUACGCAAACUUCGUCAAAUUAGUCCCACUUGUGCUGGAGGCCCAGAUGAACUCCCUAAUUGGGUCCUAAGAGAAUAUGCUGAGAUUCUAUCUGCUCCUAUUGCCUCUAUCCUUAAUGCAUCAUUUUCCGAGAGUAUGGUUCCCAAAGUCUGGAAAAUUGCUAAUGUUGUUCCGCUUCCAAAAACAGCAACUGUCGUAGACAUCAACAAGGACCUUAGACCUAUAUCUCUGACGUCCACACUCUCUAAAAUAGCAGAGGACUUCAUCAUCGAAAAGGCUCUGAAACCUGUAGUACUACCGGCCAUUGACCCUGCCCAAUUUGGAUUCAUCCCUGGAUCUUGCACUACUUUUGCUCUUAUUUCUAUGUUCCAUCAUUGGCUACAUGCUACUGACGGCACUGGAUCAACUCAUGAAAGUGAGAUUUACUACGCUUGUGACCAUAGGCUUGGCGAAAAAACAAACCGAUUAACGGAAACGUCUCGCCGCUUCGCGGCUCGAUAA